UCUUGCCUCUUUUGGACCAACCCCAAACCCCAAAUCCCCCAUCCCAAAUCCCGAAUGCCUCCUGUCCAGUGGUGCUCUCUCUCUCCUCCCUCCCGCUAGCUCGCGCCUGACCGGCCGCCUCGCCUCCGCAUUGCCACUCCGCUGGGGCGCCGGCAGCCGCUGGCGCCUUAUCCCUCCCUCCCCCUUUCUUGGUGAGAAAAGGCUCCCGCCCUCGCCGAUUCUUGGCCGUCUCUUCCGGAGAUCUUUUGCCCCGCUGUUUCUGGGUUUUCUUUAGAGGAGGGGAGGGAGGCCGGGUCGCGUGGCGUGGCGAAUCCCAGGUAAUCCUGUGGUGUACUCGCGGGACAGGAGAAUUUUGAGCCAAGAUUUGGUUGGGUCUUGGUCUUGUGCGCGUGUGACCUGGGAUUUGAUUCGGUUGGAGAUCCUAUUGAGCUCUGGAGAUGAGGAGGCGCCUGUGCUUUUGCCUUCUGCUGAGGAACUAGUGCCAGGUUGCAGGCAGGACUUCCAAUGGAUAAGCAAAAGAAUCACAAGAAUGCAGAAAUGGGGAACGAUGUGUUCCGCAGAAUAAUUCUUAAUCAGGUUGGCAGGGACAUCGGUUUGGAGGAGGAGAACGUGCCUUGCAAUACUCCGAGGAACUCCGUUCAUUCGCCAUUUGGUGGCUCGUCUGCCAAAUUUGGUGCUUCCACCAGUGGAAGUGCCGGUGCUGAGUCGGUUAGCCCAGGUGAGUAUGUCAGAGAUCCGGGAUCCAUAUUGAGUUUGCAGCCUUGGAUUUUCAAGAGAAGCAGCACAAAGAACAAUGAGGAAAUGGUGGUUCCAAGUGGUAGCAGGGCAGUUGGUAGAGGCAAGAAUCUGGUGGAUGGCUUUCGAGAUGGUUCGACUACUGAGGUUUCCACAAGAAGCCCUGGUCUUGGUUCCGGGCCUGGAAGAGGUCGAGGUGCUCUUAGGAGCAGACGAGCCCAGAGGCAUUUUAUUAAUCCACUUGUCGCAACAGAGAACUCAUACAUUCCACAACUUUACAACGAGAACUUCGAGUUUGAGGAAUGUACAUUUGCUCCAGUUCCAUCCCCAGCUUCUGCUAGGCCAUUCAUUGUAACAGAUGGGAGAAGAAUCAUUAGUAAAUCACGCUAUGAGCCAGUGCCUGUACCCUUUGAUAUUGGGUUCGACAAGGAGGAAUCUCGAAAUGGCUCAAAAGUGACAGAAAGUGUUGUUGGGAUUGCUCCGCUACCUGAGUUGAAUAAAUCCAAAAGGGGAUCCCAAACAGAAAGAUAUAGUAAACCAUCAAAACCACCAGGUUUACUUGAACGAAUGCUCAUGUUCUCCAGUGGGGUUGGCAUUGGUAUUAUAUCUUCCUCUCUAUCAAGCAAAAAAGAUCUUGAUUCAUUGAAGGGCACACUGAAGCGAAUGGAGAACUUGGUUCAGGAUUUGCAAGAUGAGCUGGAGAUGAAAGAGGGGUUAACUGUGAAGGAAUUGCCUAAUGAAACGUCUGGUGAACUAGAUGAUGGCAAUAUCAAAGCUCAAACCCCUGAUUCAAUAUCAAUGAGCAAAAUUGAAGCAGAACUUGAAGCCGAGCUUGCGAGGCUGGAGUUAAAUAUCACUUCAAACCACUUGGAAGAAGAACCGUUUGACUUGAUUGAGAUCGAUCAGGAGUUCAUUGGAGAUAUUGUUCAGGGGGAACUAAAGAGCGACAUGAUUCGUCGUGACAUUGCUGAUUACAGCAGUGAUAGUGACCAUGGCAGGGACAGCAGACAAAGCUCCCCAGAUUACACACAUGAGACAAACUAUCCUGUUUCACCUAGAGAUCUCAGUCUCCGUCUCCACAAGGUGAUCCAGCAUAGGCUGGAAGACCGAAUCAAGGAGCUUGAGACAGCACUUGCUCAGAGCCAGAAGCAGGCGCAACUGCACAUAAGGGCAGGACAGCGAGUCUUCUCCGAACAGACGUGCUCAAACAGUGAUUCAGGUUCUUCUUCCAACCAGGAUAGUCCAUUGUUUAUACAAGAAACUAGCUCCUCCGCCGAACCUUUCUGUCUAAAUCUAGCUGGAGACGCACUAGAAGCCUACGAUGAAGCCUAUGAAGAAUUCAUGAGAAUUGCUGACUCCCCUUGCACCACAAGUACAAACGGGAGGCCUCAGGUAAAUGAAGAUUACCCAGUGGACCGCAGCUUGGUCUGGGGCUUGGAAGAUGAGAGCGCUACAGAGCUGAAAGAGGACAGCACUUGGGAGCAGGCUGUGAAGAGCGGGGACCCUAACAGAGCUCAAGAGAGCGAUGGAGACGAGUCGGGCGACGAGGAUGACCACGAUAGUGAGAUGCUCAUCCAACAGAUUGUAGAGAGAACUAAGCAAGGCUCACCUGUACUCAUACAUGCUCACAGAAUGUUGUUUUCUGUGGAUGAUUAGGUUGCAGGACUAUUGUAUACCAUUGAAAUUUUGAUAUAGCAUGUAGUGUUGAUUGAUUGCUCAGGGAAAAAGAAGAAGCAAAAUAUUAGUUUGGUGAAAUCUUCUGGUAAUAUAAUAUUUUUUUUGACA